AUGCCCGGCCCCUCCCACUGUCGCGCCCUCCCCCUGCCCGUCGCGUCGCCCCCCCCUCCCCUUCCCCUGCCCGUCGCGUCGCCUCCUCUCCCCCUGCCCGUCGCGUCGCCUCCCCUCCUCCUGCCCGUCGCGUUCGCCUCCCCUUCCCCUGCCCGUCGCGUCGCCUCCCCUCCUCCUGCCCGUCGCGUUCGCCUCCCCUUCCCCUGCCCGUCACGUCGCCUCCCUUCCCCCUGCCCGUCGAGUCGCCUCCCCUCCUCCUGCCCGUCGCGUUCGCCUCCCCUUCCCCUGCCCGUCGCGUCGCCUCCCUCCCCCCUGCCCGUCGCGUCGCCUCCCCUCCUCCUGCCCGUAGCGUUCGCCUCCCCUUCCCCUGCCCGUCGCGUCGCCUCCCUUCCCCCUGCUUGUCGCGUCGCCUCCCCUCCUCCUGCCCGUCGCGUUCGCCUCCCCUUCCCCUGCCCGUCGCGUCGCCUCCCUUCCCCCCUGCCCGUCGCGUCGCCCUCCCCUCCCCGCCCCUUCCCACCGUCGACAACCUCCUCCCCGCCCCUGUCUCACCAUCGUGCCCUCCUCCCCACCCCUUCCUACCAUCGCGCACCCUCCUCCCCGCCCUCUCCUAACGUCGUGCGCCCUCCCCCCCAGCCCACCGUGCCCUCGCCCUCACCUAGGCUCGCGCCUCCGCGUUAG